UCCCCGUCAAGCUCCGCCCCCCGAACUUCCGGUUCCGGUGCGUUCCGCACCGAGCGGUGCGCGCGGGACGCGGCUCGACGGGGGCAGAGGGCAAAGCCCCCCAUGCUGCGGGCGCUGCUGUCCCGCCUGCGCCGCCCCCCCGCGCCCCCUCCCCGCGGCGCCGUGUCGCGGCGGGCGCUGCCGCUGUGGCAGCGGGCGCUGGUGGCGGGGGCGGGGGCGGGCGCGGCGGCGGGGGCCUGGCUCUGGCUGCGGCGGCGGAAGCGGCAGGAGCGGGAGCGGCGGCGGCGGGAGGCGCUGCGGGCGCUGCCUCAGGGCGACUUCGCGCUGCGGGACCAGGCGGGGACGCGCCGCGCCAAGAGCGACUUCGCGGGGCGGUGGCUGCUGCUCUACUUCGGCUUCACGCACUGCCCUGACGUGUGCCCGGCCGCGCUGGAGCGCCUGAGCCGCGCCGUGGCGGCGCUGGAGUGGGACCCGGCGCUGCCGCCGCUGCAGCCGCUCUUCAUCACGCUGGACCCCGAGCGCGACGACGAGGCGGCGCUGCGCCGCUACCUGCGCGACUUCCACCCGCGCCUGCUCGGCCUCACGGGCAGCGCCGAGGAGGUGCGCGCCGCCGCCGCCGCCUUCCGCGUGUACGCCCACGCCGGGCCGCGCGACGCCGACGGGGACUACAUCGUGGACCACAGCGUGCUCAUCUACCUGCUGGGCCCCGACGGGCUCCUCCUCGACUGCUACGGCAGCGGCAAGAGCGCCGAGGAGCUGGAGCGCAGCGUGCGCCGGCACAUGCGCACCUACCAGCCCUUGUCCCCCCCCCAAUAAAGCGGCUGCGGCGGCA